AUGAGCAGAUUCAACAUAUCGUGUACAGAUUCUCGAGAACUCAUUGUCCUUACAUUUUCCAUAACAAAACAUGGUGUACUUAACGCGGAAAAAGAAGAAUCAAAGAAGAAAAAACCAAGAAUCCUUUGCCUCCAUGGCUAUGGAGGAAGUGGUGAAAUCUUCAAGAAAGUGAUUUUCCGGUGGCCGGAAUCCAUCACCGGAAAAUUAGAUUUGGUUUUCUUGGAUGGAACUUUUCCAGCUCAGGCAGGGAAAUCUACCCGUGAAGGUUUUUUUGAUCCUCCUUACUUUGUAUGGUUUCAAUCAAAUAAGGAUUUCAAGGAAUGCCUAGAGUAUAUAGAAGAUUUUAUGUUAAAGCAUGGACCUUUUGAUGGUGUUCUUGGUUUCUCACAAGUAAUUAUAUUUUGUUAAUUACCAUUCUCAUGGGAAAAUAAUCUGUUAUGAUUUAAAUAGGAGAAAAUGAUUUUACAUUAAAAUUAUUUUAUUUCCUGGAUAAUAACAUUUUUAAUUCCUUAUUAUCACUAAAUUGUUAUAAUAUCUGACUAAAUAUAUUUAAAUUUUUUGUUAGUUUGAUGGAUAUAGGGAGCUGUUUUAUGUGCAACAUUCCCAGGUAUGCAAAGGGAAGGAUUGGCCCUAACAAAAGUUCCAAAGAUAAACGCAUCAGUUCUACAUGGCAAAAUAUACGUAAGACAUCACGUAAGACAAAAAAUGACAUGUAGGAUAUGUGUGUCGAUUUAUUUAAUUUUAUACAAGUUUAAGUGUCUACUUAUGCGCAUCCAAA